UGGAGAUCUCUCCGCGAAUCGGACACGCCAUUCGACACAAUGAGCGACGACGAGGAUUUCGACGUCGAAGUUCCUGAGUUGGAGGGAGAUUUUGCUGCCUUUGCGCCGCAAGCCUUUGGGAAGAAAUCGAGAGAGGCAGAUGUCGCAGCGCAGAUAGGCAGGACAAAGAGAACGACAGGAGAUGCGCCGGGUCCAACGAAGCAAGAUGGAGAACAGCAGAGGCUGGCGCAAGAACCGGCAUCAAAAGACGGUGACUCGGACGACGACGACGAUUCCGACGACUCUGAUCAGUCUGACGACGACGAGUUCCCAGUCUCCCAUGAGCUGGUCCUCAAGACCCACGAGCGCGCGGUAACGACAACUGCAUUGGAUCCCUCAGGUGGAAGAUUGGUUACAGGCUCGACAGACUGUUCGUUGAAGCUCCAUGAUUUUGCUUCUAUGACUCCUACGACUCUGCGAGCGUUCAAAAGCGUGGAUCCCAGUGCCUCAAAGACCUCCGCGAACUCGGAAACACACCCUAUAAACCAUGUCGAAUUUAACCCAUUGUCAGGAGGCACAUUUCUUUGCGUGUCGGCACAUCCACAGGCAAAGAUUAUGAACAGGGAUGGAGAGGUUCUGGCAGAGUUCGUGAAGGGAGAUAUGUAUCUAAGGGAUAUGAACAACACCAAGGGACAUGUCUCGGAGGUCACAACUGCUACAUGGAAUCCAGUGGACAAAAAUCUGUGCGUCACAGCAGGAACAGACAGUACGCUGCGAAUAUGGGAUGUCACACAUAGGAGAGAGCAGAAAGGGGUCAUAGUCCAUAAAUCGAGAGCUGCUGGGUCUGCGGGAAGAACAAGAAUGACUGCUGUUGCAUGGGGAAGUCCUCUACAAGGCGGUCCCAAUGUCCUUGUCGCGGCAGCUCUUGAUGGAAGCCUGGUGAUGUGGAGCGGAGAUGGUCCUUAUGCUCGACCGGCAGCAGAAAUUAGAGAAGCACAUAAACCAAAUACCUGGACCGGAGGCAUCGACAUCAGUUCUGAUGGACGGAUGGUGGUAACGAGGGGUGGUGAUGAUUUGAUUAAGCUUUGGGAUACGAGAAAAUUCAAGACGCCUGUUGUCACCGUCUCACAUCCCUCGACGUCGGAUCAUUACGCCAUGACCAACAUCAAGUACUCACCCAACUCAUCCAGUAUCAUCACAGGUUCAGCUUCUGGACAUCUCCACAUCCUAAACCCUGGCAACCUCAAGGCUGAGCUUGUUACCCCCGUCACUCCUGGGUCGUCUCUCAUCACUGUCCAGUGGCAUCCCAAAAUCAAUCAAAUCGUGACAGGCUCUGCAAAUGCAGAAGUCCACGUUCUAUACAAUCCAAACACCUCAGUCCGUGGGGCCGUUGAUGUAAUGUCGCGAGCACCUAAGAAGCGCCACGUCGACGACGAUCCAAACUUCACCACUGAUCAAUCGACUGGCAUAUCAGGAGACAGCAUCGUCACCCCUGGCGGUGUUCUUACUAGCAAUACCGGAACGUCAUACUCAGCUCGCCACCCUACCGUCGGCCUGACAGCUUCAGGCCGUUCUCGAGAUCCUCGAAGACCACAGAUCCCCAUGGUCACUCCUUUUAUGAAGAGUCAGCCAGACGAAGAGCAUAUCAACCAAAGUAUUCCUCUUAGUAGCAUGCGAGAUGAGGAUCCGAGAGAAGCACUAUUGAAAUAUGCAGAAUUGGCGAAGAAGGAUCCGCUGUUCACAAAUGCAUGGAAGGAUACCCAGCCUGUUACUCAAUAUAGAGAUUUGAGCGACGAGGAAGAGGACGAUGGACCGGAUAAGAAAAAAGUGAAAAGAUAGCAAGACCUUAGAGACAUGAUGACAUCAAAAUUGGGAAUGGCGUUGGCCUUUGCGGAGCAAUCUUUGAUCAUAGCGAACUCGAGAUAUCCAACAAAUGUGAGUGCGUACAACAAAACUAGAAAUAUCAAGUCUCACAGUUCUUUCC